CGCACACAAAGGGAUAUUCAGCGUCUGUUUACACAUCUACCAAAUCGGUGCCCUUCUUUGCAAAGCAUUUAAAAUCCUCCCUGCUCUUUGUGAUUGAAUCUGUCCUUGAAAUUCACUACUUGAUUGAGGGACCUUAAAGAUAAUUGUAUGUGUCAGGGUACAGAGAUGGGGUAGUCAUUCAAAAAUCAUGCUACCCACUACUAUUGAACACGGAAUGAGUCCCUGCAACUUAUUAUGCGAUUUGUUAAGCACAUUUUACAUUCUGAACUUAUUAAGGCUUGCCAUAAUGAAGAGGUUGAAUACUUGACUAACAUUUCAGCUUCACAUUUUUUAUUGAUUGCAAAACGUUUCUACAAGCAAAAUUACACUUUGACAUUAUGGUAUAUCAAUUUUAAUAUUCAGGCUGUAACACAACAAAAUGUGGAAAAUGUUAAGGGGUGUGAAUACUUUCUGAAGGCACUUUAGGGCUCUGUCACCCUAACAUAGCAUGGCCUCACUGUGAAGUCGAGUCAUGAGUUAAUUUAGCCUAAAAUUGUCUAAUUCCAAUUGUCUGUUAUGAGUAGCAUCAUAUCCAUGCAAACUCUACAAAAAUACACAUUAGCCUACCUCAAACUUCUCUGUUUCUGCAGUGCAAUUCCUUGAAGCCUUCGGUCAUGAAUUGCAAAUGUGUUUAGUGGCAAUGUCAGUCAACCUUGCUAAAGAAAGUAGAAUCCUCACUUCCAGACAGAUUGAUUGGCUAGUAUUCAUUUCGCAAAUAAUCCUGAUUGGACAGCUCUCUUGUCAGCUGCAGUACCGCAUACAGUCACUAUCAUGUCUCCCCCACUCCUUUCUUGCGGUGAGAUCAGAUGCAGAGCCCAGCGCAGGACGGACACAGUUUCAGCACCUCUUGUCUUGGUGGGAUGUAGACAACUAGACCGAGAUGGAGUGAAGAGGAAAGAGCCUAUCCUUAAGGGCAGGAGCCAGCUGUGUGAGAAUCAAGUGCUGGCGUGAAGAAUGCAAGGAAACGCCCCUAAUGGAAUGGAAUAGUACAAUGGCUGCAUCGAGGAAAAACGACAACCCUCCUUUUCAACCAGAAUCCCACCACUAGGCUGUAUUAAAGCAGUCGAAGGUACUGAAUUAAUGUCAAGCAUCUCGUGGAGGCAGCAUCAUGCUGCACCACUGGAAGUAGCUGGAGGACCACCCUUGGAGAUUCCGCCUUCUCAACGUUCUCAAUGCUCCUAACACGCGCCAAGUAAACAGAAAUGCCUUCAAAGGUCAGCUGCUUAUACUUGUUGACGGUCGUUUGCUGGGCUAGCGCUCUCUGGUACCUGAGUCUGUCCCGUCCCUCCACCUCUUACGUGGGCCAGCUGUCCAUCCCCAUCCGCCAGAAGAACAAGCUCACCAAGAACGUGACCUUCAGCAAUAUACGGACUCGGCCGCUCAACCCACACGCCUUCGACUUUGUCAUCAAUGAGCCCAAGAAGUGUGAGACGGUGGCACCUUUCUUAGUCAUCCUGAUCAGCACCACCCACAAGGAGUUUGAUGCACGUCAAGCGAUUCGAGAGACGUGGGGCGACGAGAGCACGUUCGGCGAUGGCGUUCGCGUCCUCACACUCUUCCUGCUUGGGAGGAAUACGGACCCGGUGCUCAACCAGAUGGUGGAACAGGAGAGCCAGAUCUUCCACGAUGUCGUGGUGGAGGACUUCAUAGACUCCUACCACAACCUCACCCUCAAGACCCUGAUGGGCAUGCGCUGGGUGGCCACCUUCUGCUCCAAGGCACAGUACGUCCUCAAGACGGACUCUGACAUCUUCGUCAACAUGGAGAACCUGGUCUACAACCUCCUCAAACCCACCUCCAAGCCUCGGAGACGCUACUUCACGGGCUACGUCAUCAACGGAGGUCCGAUUAGAGACAUGCGCAGUAAGUGGUACAUGCCCAGAGACCUUUACCCUGAGGCUAAGUACCCGCCUUUCUGCUCGGGCACUGGGUACGUGUUCUCAGCAGAUGUGGCCGAGCUCAUCUACAAGACGUCCCUGCACACCAGACUGCUCCACCUGGAGGAUGUGUAUGUGGGUCUGUGUCUUCGCAAGCUGGGCAUCCACCCCUUCCAGAACAGUGGCUUCAACCACUGGAAGAUGGCCUACAGUCUAUGCCGCUACCGACGGGUCGUAACGGUCCACCAGAUCUCCCCGGAGGAGAUGCACCGCAUCUGGAAUGACAUGACCAGCAAGAAACACCUCAAGUGUUAAUCAGCUACCUACAUUUCGUGCCAAUAUGAGGAGGUCCGGAAUUCUUCUUCUUCUUCUUCUCCUUUACUGCUUCUUCUCUUCCUCCUCUUCUGCCCCUUCCUCCUCUUCCGAUCUCUGCUUUUCUUUGUCAAUGUACAGCACAUGAUCCUGAGGGAACGGUACUAUAACAAUAACCUUCUGGCCAUUUGCAUAGUCCAAGAGACACUUCGCUAAAAGCCUCUUUAUCAGACCAAGGUUUCGCUCUGCCGUUGUAAGUCCUGCAUUCUCCCCCGUAGCUAUUGAUGAGUUUAAAGUCCACAGGUAAGAAAAUAUCAUAAUUAUAGACAUUUUCAGAAUUACUCUAUGACUUUACUUUACUCUUAUGAAAAUCAAAUAAUGUCCCACAAUGCAACAGUAUGCCAUUUGCACCAUAUGUUGUUUAUGAGAUGAAAUCCCUAAAACACAGAGGUAGAAGCUUAGCAGUGGAACAGAAUAGCUCAGAUGCUAUUAGGCUAAUCUAUGUAGGCAACGCUGCUAAUUUACAGAAAAAGUCUGGCCCCGUUACUGAAGUAGUAGGGAUGAUAAGAAAUACCACGAUAUACAACCUAUGUAACAUGUUCUGCUGUCAGUUAGGUUGAUAAUGAAUGUCCACUCUUAAUUUCCAGUCUUUGUAUAUUUAAUAAAGAUGUAUUUGUGGGAUGUACUGUUUUGGUACCGCAACAGAUGUUGUCAUAGUGAAAAGACCAUGAUUAGUAUACAAUGUAACAACGUGCUGUCGACAUAGAUUGAGUGUUCAUUGGAAUGAUCUAAGAUUGUUAGAACAUGAGACUAACAGUUCAAUGGACCUACUGUGUGACAUGACGGACAUACUUGCCUCUGCAAUUGAGUUGUAAUAUAUUGUUUUAAAGAUCAAACAUAUUUUCUUACUAUGUAUUUGGAGUCCUUUGUAUUGUACUAGGUAGAGAAUGGCUUCAUUUCUUGAACACCAGUAUUUCUUAUGGGACGGUACAAAUGGCGAUGUAACAAUAUUAACCACAUGCAUUCCCAGGUGAAUGUUAUUCUAUCUGUAUGUGAUGCGCAAUAACUUCUUCGCUCUUUAAGCCGCGCUGUGACAAGACAGACUGCAGAGUGUUAUAUUUUAUAUAUUACUUGAAGCCGCAUUACAUUAAAGACGUAUUUCAUUUGA